CAGUUCUGAGGGUCCGGGAUCCCCACGAGGCUGGGCAGCAUCGUCUUCGGUUGGGUCCUGUUGGCUCAUAAGUGGCCCAAGGUUGGCUCGGGGGCCACGGAGAGGAACGAAGGCACACAGCACUUUAAGGGAAGGCACCUGCAGCGGGGCCGCCGCCCUCCAGACGCCCCUGGAAGCCGGCCGGGCCCUCGCUCCAUCAGAAAGGACGCUAAGAGGGAGCUCGGUGUGCGGGACCCAGUGGCGCCGCUGGAAGCCGCUCCCUGGCUCGAGGGCUGCCUCAGUGUUUCAAGUUCUUCCGAGACGUCUUGUCCCUUCCUUGUUCCCUCCCCUUCCUGCUGUUCUGCAGAAACAGCCACUUGGGAAUUGCACGGCAGGAAGGCGUGAUUUCAUUUGGUUUGUUCCUGGCUCCUGGUUUGCGUCGCACUUGGGUGCCGGCUGCCUCCCUGGGGUUCAGUUCCACUCUAUUGUCUGAACUAUGAGGAUCUGGUGCCUCCUGCUUGUCUCCGGAGUCUGGGCAGGGAUUGGGAACUCACAGGACACCUGCCGGCAGGGCCACCCUGGCGUCCCAGGGAACCCUGGUCACAAUGGAUUGCCUGGAAGGGAUGGACGAGAUGGAGCGAAGGGUGACAAGGGGGAUUCAGGCGAACCAGGACAUCCAGGUGGUCCAGGGAAGGACGGGAUGGCCGGAGAGAAAGGAGAACCAGGGGCAGAUGGAAACGUUGAAGCAAAGGGCAUGAAAGGCGAUCAGGGCGCCAGAGGACCCCCAGGGAAACACGGGCCAAAGGGACUCGUGGGCCCCGUGGGAGAGAAAGGCCUCAGAGGAGACGUGGGCCCCCCAGGGCAGAAGGGGGAGAAGGGUGACGUGGGGCCCCUUGGUCCAGACGGGCCAAAGGGCAGCACUGGGCCUUCGGGCCCAACAGGCUUACCCGGCCCCGUGGGCCCCGUGGGCAAGCCUGGUCCCAAGGGAGACCCUGGACCCCUGGGGCCCCAGGGUGAGCCAGGGGUCCGGGGAGUGAGAGGCUGGAAAGGGGACCGAGGAGAAAAAGGGAAAAUUGGUGAGACUCCAGUCCUGCCCAAAAGCGCCUUCACCGUGGGGCUCACGGUGCUGAGCAAGUUCCCGCCGUCGGAUGUCCCCAUCAGAUUCGACAGGAUCCUGUACAAUGAGUUCAACCACUACGACGUGGCCACGGGGAAAUUCACCUGCCACAUCGCCGGGGCCUAUUACUUCACCUACCAUGUCACAGUCUUCUCCAGGAACGUCCAGGUGUCCCUGGUCAAAAAUGGGGUAAAAAUGCUGCACACCAAGGACGGGUACAUGAGCUCUGAGGACCAGGCGUCCGGCGGCCUCGUCCUGCAGCUGAAGCUUGGGGACGAGGUGUGGCUGCAGGUGACGGGCGGGGAGAGGUUCAACGGCCUGUUCGCGGACGAGGAUGACGACACGACCUUCACAGGGUUCCUCCUGUUCAGCAGCUCGUGACCGGGCGCGGCUGGCAAUCUGCCUCCCCAGCCCCCUGACCAGUUGUUUGAUGAUCUUACUACAUUAACUGUAUCACUACUGUCCUAACCAUGAAAAGGUGAAAGCUGGAAAGUUACUCCUAAAACUGAUCCUGCGUAAUUCGCUAUCAUUCCCAGAGCAAAUUUAAAAACUCCUGCCCUGUCUGUUACAAUUCAUUUAAUAUUUUUCCUCAUUCCCGUCCUCUGUAGAAUCCUUUGCACAUCCCGGUGGAAGGAGUGUUUUAGUAUCACUCUGGUGCUCGAAGGAGCCGUGGGAUGACUUCUGUCUCAGCUGAACUCCAGAGGGUAUUACAGGGGAAGAAAAGGAAGCGUAUUCCUCAUCACCGACUGAGAAGCUUCAGGCUGGUGGCAGUGACACGUCCCAGGAAGCUGUGGGAUCCUCUGCUCGUUGUCUGCCCGGGGUUUUAAUCGCCAUUCAACUCAACUCAGUUGUUUAAUAAACUGUUCGCCAGACUUGACUCUGUUAGUUUCCUGGGACAGUCAGCCCUCUGAAGCUACAGUUCCUUAUCCACACAUUCAACCAAUCACGGGUGGAAAAUAUUUGUAAAAAAAAUUCAGAAAUUUCCAAAAAGCAAAACUUGAAUUUGCCAACCUGGAAACUAUUCACAUAGCACUGGCAUUGCAUUAGGUAUUAUGAGUAAUCUAGAGAGGAUUUUAAACAUAUGGAGGAUGUGUGCAGGUCAUAUGCAAAUAAUACACCAUUGUGCGUAA